UUUCAUGUAAAUAAUCUUGUUGAUUGUUGAAAUCAGAUUUUAGAAUUAAACUAAAUAUCUGAUGAUUUUUCUUUUUCAAAUAUGAAGAAAUAGAGAAAUAUAUAUUAUAAGUGUUUAUAAGUUUCACAAAAAAAACGAGUUCCUUGAAAUAAAGUACACCUAAUACAUUAUUAUUAAUAAUAUUAAAGCGAAAAACGGAACAACGAGAUAACUCGGAUCUCUGACUGUACAAUGGGUUCGGAGCAGUCUAUGCCGCCAAAGCAGCCGCCACAACGAGCGCCUCCCGUACGACGCGGGUAUACCGUAGCGGGUACUAGUUUUGCAGAUGGCCGGCGUCCGGAUGCUUCAGCAAGCGGCAACAAUUCGCCUGGAGCUAGCAUGUGUUCAGAUUCAGAGUUGCCAUAUAUAUCUUAUACUGUAGACCGUCCUAUCGGUGACUCGCCAAAAAAUACGUCGAAACUACAACGCGACGGGAAGAAAGCGCUUCAACGCCGACAGAUGAGUCUACAGUCGAGGAAGGGCAAGCGAAGCCGCGAUAUCGUUGUUGUUAAGGCCGCUACCGAUACACAACUCGAUGAGGAUAUUCAGAGGCUACAGGACAUACCAACAUUCCUUCCAAUAAUGCGAGGUACUUUGGGCCUACCUGGUGCUCGGGACCCGGAGGUUCUAGAAGGCCUGGACUGCCGGCCGUGGGUGCGGCUGGUGUGCCGCCUGCAGGCGCACCUCGCGGCGUGCGCGCACCCGCUGCUCGGUGCGCAGGCGCAGCUCGUCGCGCAGAUCAAGGAGGCGGACGCGCGCGCGGCGCGGCUGCUGGCGGCGGCGGUGGAGCGGCAGCGCGCCAACGCGCGCGCGGCCGAGCGACUCGCGCGCGCGCGCGACCUCGCGCACCAGCUCGCGCGCUGCAACGCGCUGCUCACGCAGACUUUGCACGAUGUUGACGAAUUAAACUCUCUGCUUCCGGAAGAGAAACGUUUGGAGCCGUUUGUGUGGAAUCAACCGAGACCAUAGUCAAUAAAUAGUAAAUAAAUAUAUAGAAAAUAUAUCGUUUUGUAUGUUUGUUGUGUAUGAUCUCUUUAAGUUAAUAAAGACUUUAAUAUAUAGUUGUUUUA